CGGAAAGAGUAUAUAACUUUUAUUUUUUAAUUUACAUUUACAAUCAAAGAAAUUGAAUUAAAAAUAAAGUCGGUCAAAUUUCUAAACGAGAAGAAUGUUUUAAGAUCAAAAGAGUAAUAAAUGCCUAGAAAACUUAAAAAAAAUAAAACACGGUAAUUGUAAUUGAAAAAUAAAAAAUGGAUGGAGAGAGAAUAACCGGUUCCCUAACCGGAGCCCCAUUUUUGUUACCGCAAAUCCAAAACCGUAACCGUAUGAUAAAAUCUCCGAGGAAUUGUGUGAAGAACCCGUCCUCGCUGACGAUGACGAGGGCGGGAGUGGGUUCGAACCGCCGUCCGGCGAGAUUCUACCACCAGUUUGGAGGGCUGCUUGAGAUUCUACCACCGGUUGAAUUCUGCUGCGUUUAUGGCUCCACUCUUCAUCCAAACAAUAAGGAUCAGAGAUCCAUGGUGGAUUACAUACUUGGAGUAGCCGAUCCUCUACAAUGGCAUGCUGAAAAUUUAAAGGUGAACCGUGAUCACUAUGCAUCAUGGCUUGUUCGUCUGGGUGGAAGUAGGCUGAUUAAUGGUAUUGCGAAUAGUAUUGGUGUUGGUGUGCACUUCAACCCCUUCGUUUCCUGGAAUAAGAAGAUGUUCAAGUACGGAGUUGUUCAAGUGCAUGACUUGAUUGAAGAUUUAAAGGGAUGGGAGAGGUUCUACAUGAGUGGUCGUUUGCAAAAACCAGUCAAUAUUAUUUUGGAUAAUUUGAAUAUUGAAAAUGUAAACGCUGUCAAUUUGAGAGCUGCUGCAUCUGCUGCUCUCCUCCUUUUGCCGUCUGAGUUCAGUGAGGAAGACUUUUAUGCCAAAAUCUGUAGCCUGUCAUAUAUGGGUGACUUGCGUAUGCUUUUUGCGGAGGAUAAAAAUAAGGUGAAAAAUAUUGUACAAGGACAAUUUCACUUAUUCCAAAGAAUUUAUAGACCAUUUCUAGAUGAAUUUUCUGACAAUGGCAUGCUGAGAUUUUCAGCAACCUGUGAGAAUCAAGCUACUAUGACUCAGGAUUCCGGACUAUCUGCUACCUCUAUCUUGGUGUCACACCUUCCGCCGCUCCUUAAAACCAAAAUAGAGACUGAUCUUGCUGGGUUCAAACAACUUCAUAGCACUGGAAUGAUGGGACAAGACACGGCGAUUCGCUCAAAAGCAGAGGCAGCGAAAUGGGCUAGUAAGCACAUCAGGCAAAGGGUAAUGGUGUCGAGCGGAAGGCAGGCGGUUGCAGGUAUGCUGGCUGCUGGUGCAGUUCAUGGGUUCAGAUACCUUGGAAACAAGAUCCUCAAGUCUGCCAAAUCUUGGACAUAAUAGUCAUAUCAUCUCACCUCUGGAUUUCACUUUUUUUGUUUCCUCUUGCUAAUCCCACACACAGCUUCUCCUUGACAGAAGGCAAUGUUUGGUAAAAAGGGCAUUGUGGUCCAAAUGUGUAAUUGAUUCCAUAGAGUAGAGGUGGUAAAAAUCUGCGAGUUUCAACAAAGUUUGAGAUUAUCCUGGAUUGUUGUACAUUAUUCCGUAUUUCUCUAUUUUUUGCAUCAGUUUUAAUAAGAUAAUUUCACGUUU